AUUAUAGAUAGGGUUAGGGUUCUUUUUAGGCGGUUAGGGUUUAUAUUUUAUACUUAUAUUUGUAGUAUUGUACCCAUAGCCAUAUAACCUAUCAUCACUGCUAUUUGCUAUUAAUAUUAUAUUUAAAUUUAAGGUCAAAGAGGCCAUGUCACAUGUGUUAAUUGUGUUUUCAUUUAAUUCAGACAAAUUCGACCCACAUUAUUUGAUUCCGGACACCAUAAUUUAUUUCAAGCAGUCACUAGACUAAAUUUAGGCAUCAAUAAUCUCAGAUUUUAAUUCUAUAUAUAUUAACAUCAACUAAAUUUUAAGAUCCCCAGGCAUAACAUUUGUAAUGUAUGUGUGUGUCGUGUGUGAGAGAGAAUUUCGAGUUGGAAAUUGUUCAAAAGUAAAUUGUCUGAUGGAUAUUAGACAACACAUUAGGAUGUUAACAGUCUGUGAGCAGUGUAGUGAAUAUGGAAUAAUGAGAAAACAUGAGAAAGAGAGAUUGAAAGAAACAAAGCCUGAAAAAGGAAUGAACACCAUAUAUAUAUAACUAAAUUUAGAAGGACCCAGGUUCGGAAGCCAAGCGCCUUACCGCUCUGCCACAUAUAUAUGUAUAUAUAUACUAGCCUGACAUACCCGCGGCCUGCUGGUCCUAGUUUGUUUUUACUAAUCUAGUGGAUUGGAUUUAGAUGUAUGUUAAACUUAGCUUAUAAUGAUCCUUUCAAGUUUUUCUCUUUCGCUACGAAAGUAAAAUUAGUUUUGCGGAAAUGGGUUUACCCGAAGCUGAUGCAUUCAUAUCUAUUAAAAACAAAAGGAGCGAUAGAUGAAUAGGAUAUAAAGUACAAUUAAAACGGGUUUACCUGAUUUGUUAAAUGAAUUGUAUUAUAAGUAAGUCAGGACAAUCUGAAUUCGCAGAUAUAUGGAUGAAUUUAUGUAAAAAUGCUUUUGAAACACAAAUUUGAAGGUUAAUUUUAUUAAAUAAUGAAAUCAAUAGACUAUAUUUUGUAUUUUCAUGUAUCAAAGUAAAAAACUAUAUAUGUGCAAAGUGUAGUUCUUAAAAUUAGAUCGAGAUCUAAAUUCUUUCGAUCUUUUCUCAUGUCAACAUUGUAAACAAAGCCUAGAUCCAUAAAAUACAAUAGCUUUAAUAGAGUCUGUCAACUUUUUUUUUUUUUUUGAGGGUCUUAAGUUUGUUUUAGGGCUACAAUACAUACACUGCAGUCUAAGUUAGUACCCAAGGGACAUUUCUGCCAAGUUUUAUCAAGCACGGCUGACAUGCUCGCCAUCUUGAUCACAAAACUAUGUCAUCAUGUGACCAUUUUACACAGAAUGCUUGGCGACAUGAUCUUUGUUCCACUUGUCAAAGGGCCAAGUCUGAUCACGAUAGCAGUUCUAAUUCAAGAUCUUCUUGGCGCAGACGAAGUGAACCCAACCCUAAUAAUGAAAUAACAGGAGUUCGUAUAUCUGCCCUUGCAAGUAAGUUCCAAGCUUCGGAACCAGUAGAUGACAAAUUCAGAACUACAACUUUAGAUCGAAAGUAUGUGAAAGCCAAAGUUGCAGAAAAAAAGCUCAAUGUUUCCCUGUCAACAGACCUUGUGUUGAAUGUAGGGACUACAACCUUAGAGAGUUGCUCAACAAAUGUUCCUGUUGACAUUAAUAAACGCCUCGCUACUCAAGCCCAAGUAAAGCCAGAAAACCCCAAAUCCCAAGCAUUGAAAGUAGGAAAUCAAAGACCCAAUGGUGAAAAAAAAAUUAAUUCUACUCACUCCACUAUUAAAAGUAUAACAACAAAUAAAUGCUACAAUUCAACUACCAAUGCUGGUCAUAGUACCAAAAAAGAAACACCUCCAGUGGUGAAAUCGUCAAAAAGAACAAAGGCAGCUGACUCUUCUCAAAAGCUGAAAAAAGUAAGCAUUCCAGAUACUGAGCCUGAAUUGAUAGGUACUGAUGGAGGUUUGGAUAAUUUAUUUCCUGAUCAGACUCUAGCUGGACCUAUUGAUGAGGCAGAACAUCUGCUUAUAAAUCUAACAGAGGAAGAGAAACAAUUUACUCUGUUAUCUUUAGGAAAUACUCUAUGGAACUCAGAUACCAAAAAUUUACAAGUAGACUCGGAUAACAGCAAAAGAACUUGCAGAGAGUUUGAGGAUGUCAAAGAUAGUGAACUGCUGACUAAUAGACGAUUUAAACAUACUGAUUGUGAUGCAAUUAAACAUUUACGUGACUUUGGUACUUUCCCAAAAAGUAGUGGAGUAAAAUCAUUGAAAGUUAGUCUCAACAGUGUUCAGUUUGGUGGUCAAAACAGUGAAAAUCAAAUUCUCUCUAAAGAAGACAGAUCUAAACCUGCUGUUUUUUCUUCUGAUAAUGACAGGACAAGUAACACUGUGAUUAGUGUGAACAUGUCCUCAAAUGUAGAAAUGGAUAAAUUACAAAUGAAUGAAGUCAUGCAUGAUGCAAUGUACGAGUCUCUCGACGAUGUUAAACCAGCCAAAUUAGCCACUAUUGACAGUUCUACUGUUGAUGAUGAAGAUCAGUCAGCCAUGGACAGUCUCCAUGCCAUAGCUUUACUCAACGAUGUCCUCAAGGAGUAUGUUGAUUUCAAUGAGUCAUCAACUGAUGAUAUUGAACCCAAAGAUUGCAAAAAAGAAUCUUUAAAGGGCAAAAAAUCCUCAGACUUUGAAGCCAAAAUGGCUAGUGUUGCUGCUAACCUUGACCUUACCAAACAGCAAAGAAAAAAGCAAGCUCCUCGUCCGCCUGUCUCACCACCUCCUGAACCUACAGCCAUUUCUUCUAUUUCUCCAAAAAAAGGUUUACAUCAGACAGAUCCAGUUUUCAAGAUGGUGACUGUUGGAAAGAGCAUUGUAACCUUGCCUCCCCAACAAGACAUUCCUAGAGACAAAUAUUCAUCCCAGGCUCCUCCAGGGCUUGAAGACUUCAUUCCUGAUAGUAGUGAUUUCAAAUCAAAUGGAGAAGCGAAAAAUAAGAAGGGACUAACUUCCUUUUUUAGAAAUAUACUACGUCGAGGAAAGGAAUCUUCUGAAAGCUUUGAAUCUCAGAAUCCAGAUGUCCAAUUCUUAGCUAAGCUGGAAAGAAAAGAUUCCAGCAAUAAUACAUCUAGUGGAUGUAGCUUAAAUAACUUAGAUGACUUAUUGUCUAAUUGUGCACCUAGCUCAAAACAGGUAGUUCUUUCACAGAAAUCACCACAGCACAAAAGCGAGCUUACUUCAGCUGAUGGUGAGAAUGAUAAUGCAACAUCUAAUAAAAUGUCUCCAUUAGCUAGUGUAGUAUGUGAAACCACAUCUCCACUAAGCGCUAGUCCUCCAAUUCAAAGAAAGAAAGGUCUAGCCAGCCCUAAGAUGAUGCUUAAGAAAGCCACAGCCAAAUUUUCACCACCGACUUCUAGACAUCAGUGUAAAGAAAGCUCUGAAUCAUUGGCUCAAUCAGCUCUUGCUUUAAAUACAGUCUCUAAACCCUAUCCAGCUCCGAAACCGGCUGUUGUUAAAACUUCUGUUACAACACUCUCAACCGAUGUAGCACCACCAAAACCAGUAGUAGCACCAGCAAUAAAACCAUGUGCCACACCACCUUCAGUAGAUGCUUUAGCAUUGAAGGAAAAAGAAGCAAAUAUUGUCAAAAGGCGCUCAAAAAGUCCCAAAAGGACUGCGCCUCCUGUACCACCAGUUCGAUCUUCUGUUGGAUCCACAGCAGGUACUGGAACAUUAGGAAGAGAGUCAACUCGUAGAUCUUUACCUGUUCCACCGUCACCACCAGGCGAUCGAAAAGUAUCUGCUGGACAUUCGUCACCAAUUUCUCCUAUCAAUGAAAUGAGUUCAUUGCCGUCUUCUCCAUCCUCACCCAUGGGCAAUUCUUUUGACUUUGCCACUCCCACAGAAUGGUCUGGGGGAUCAAGCUCGACUAUAGACGAUGAACUUCCUAAGUUUACUGAGAAAAUAGAGCUGCCUACAGUUGCGAAGCUCGAUAAGAAAGGUUUGCUUGGUAAACUGGGAGGCAACAGGAAAAGUCGAGCACCUCAGCCGCCUUCUGUGAAACGUGCCAAAUCUAUCACAGAAUCAUCCACUCUGCCCAGGGGAGAUAAAAAAAACAAGAAGAUCAAGGCUGCAGAUAUUUCUGGUCCAAUGAUGGUUUCAGACAGAAUUUUAGAAAAUCGUAGAAACACAAUAUCCCUCGGUGAUGAUGCAGCUUUUCAUGCAGUCGUUUUACCAAAUCAAAUGACCACAGAGAAAAGUGGAUUCGAUGAAUUUGACUUCCCUGUACUAUCACCUUUAGGAUCGUUAGAAAACUUGUAUGAAUCCAUUCUACCAAAGCCUGAAGGAGCAAUGUUUCAUUACUACGAUCCACCAACAAGCCCGAAAAUUCUAUGUCCUAACAUACCAGCGGAUGGAUACUUGGAACCUGUCCCUCCUCUUUCUAACACUACAUCUGCUGGAGUUUCAUCGCCGCAACCAUCAUCAUCAGCGUCAGUCAUAAUAUCCAACAGCCCAUCUCUUAGAAUUACACCAAUGACUGAAGAGAUUGUAAAUAAAUCAGACAACUGGAAGGAUGAAUCGUCGCCUUCUAGUAGCAGUCAGUGGUCCUCUGGUCAAUCUAGUCAGUCAAACUCAACUGAAAACUCUGGUAGCUCGUUGCCAGACAACAUGAUUAUGAAGUCAGCCUCAAAUGUCAGUACUGGUUUGGGGAGUGCAUUUGUUGAACCAGAAUUAACAGAUGAGAGAAGAAUUCUGUUGGCAUCGCAACCUAUUUAUGAGGAGAUUCCUAAUGGUAAUAAUGAAGAUGAUGCUCUUGGACUAAUAAAACCAACAAUCAGUAGCGAAGGAAUGCUCAAAAAGACUUUAUUUCAUGAUGAUCGGACAGUAAUUGUGCCUGCUGCUGGAAGUGAUGUGACCAAAUCUCAAGUGGGUCAAACUUGGCUUCAACAGCCACAAGUGACUAGUACAGCUUUGUCUAAUUCUCCGUCUCAUGCUAACUCCAAACAGGUAUCAUCCAUGGUGUCAUCACAGAUGUCGGUGUCAUCAUUGAUGACAACGUCAUUGACUUCUAGCAUGCUUCCACCACCACCUCCCCCACCAGACCACCUACCUGCAUCCACCACCAGAUCAGUCUCUAGGGAAACUGUUUCUUCUGAAUCGGAUUCUAACUGCAGUACAUUGUCAAGACCCAGGCCAGCACCUAGGAGAAAACCAAAGCGGCUAGAUGCUAGCGUUACUGACCAGUAUGUAUCUAUGAAUAGACCCAAUGCUCAGGUAUCGCUGAAUGAGGACAACUUAAAAGACUUGUUUACAAAGCUAACCAGCAUCACCUUUCAUUCCCUUCAAGAUAUUUAUGCUCAGUGUGAACGAUUGCUUUCAGCUGACAAGUUAGACCUUUCUAAUCCAAAAUUAUUGAAGUGGGUUGACUUCGACAUUUAUGGCCAACCUCUUCAUGCCUCUGGUCGCUGCAUUGUUUAUAAUGCCAAGCUCAAAAUUAACAGUUCUCCAUGCCAACUCAUGAUUCUCCAUUCACGACCAGCUACUGAAAGAUGCAUCACCAGUCACCCGAGUCUCCUCAGACCUUCAGCAGUUUUUGCAGACACAAUCCCGUUUUCUUUUCUUACUCCUGACUUUAUCAAAACAUCACAGCUCUUACAGAACUCUGUCUAUGACUCGAGCCAAGCGAAAUGUUUUAUAGCUGUGGGUGCCUUUGAUGUGGUAGAAAGUUUAGAUUCUCAUCUGAUGCUGCUACGUGAAACCUUAGCCCUGGAUCCUCAGGCUUACUUGAAUAUUAUUUUGAUAGCAGCUCUUCAGUUAUUAAGUGCCAUGUCACAUUGCUUAGAUCAGGGUUUCUCAGUCACAGAAACAGAUUACAAUGAUGUCUUCCUCAUCACAAGGUCAGAUCUACGAGGUAAAGUUGUCGCUUUUUUACCACAUCAGAGGUCUUUGGAAGUCCCACAAGGUGAAGCUAUGUGUAAUUUUCUGGAUCGCCUUCUAAUGGAUUCCAUGCCACCAAACAAUGAUGAAGAUGACAUCGAUGAUGAGGACGACGAUGGAGAAAAAAUAAUUUCAGCACCAAGAAAAGUUGUCGCCAAAUUAAGGGAAAUGUUGGAACCUCGAAGAGUUGAAUGCUUGGGUCAGGUAAGAACAGCUGUAGAAUACCUUUUGUGGGGACCAUCAACUUCAGAAUUACCUCUCACUCCAAUAGGAGCCACUUGCAAACCUAAUUACAACAGUGGAGCUAGCAAAGAGCAAGAGCUGUAUAUUUGGCUAGAGAAACAGCGAGCCAUGACAGUGGGCCGACUUGCUAGGAAUGUGUCAGGUCUUAGUGCUGGCUUAAGUUUAGAAGAAUUUUAUACUUUAAAAUUUCUUCUCAAGUCAAGUGCAGCAUGUCUUGUAGAAAGUCUACGGAGGCUUACACGUUAAAUAGAAAGGUAAAUUGUAACAAUCAGCCCAUUUUGUCACAUUUACUUCAUCUUCAAUUAUUAUCAUCUAUUUAUGAAAUGCAAAUUUGUUUUUUAUUAGGAGCAUAUAUAAGUUUUUUUGUUUUUUUUUUUCAUUUUAAUCUUAUAUUAGGCAGGAUGUUUCACAAUAAACUUCUUGAGUUUUCUCAUUAACAUAUUUGAGGUUUCCGAUGACUAGCUCUAUAUCUGAGAUGAACUGCAGAGUAGUUUCCAGAUCAGGCUGCUUAUAAAUUUGGGUCUUUAGGUACCCCUAUCUUGUUGGGGCCUUUUUAUGGUCUGAAUUCUGUGGUGACACUUUCACAAGGGCAUGUUUUGCCAGUUCCAAUUUUCAUAUCAUGUUUGAUUUUGUUGUGAACUGUUUGAAGUUAAUUAUUUCAAGAUAGCUUAAAUUAAGCAUCAUUACUGAAGAUAAGGUGAGAUUUGGUUAAUUUUUAGGUUUAUACUAUUCACUAUGAUUUUUUUCGUCUCUUCAGAUUAGAGUGGAAUUUUUGAAUGGUUAAUCUGAUCCUGUAUUUAACCAGUAGGUCAGUAUUUUCAUUUCCUUAUAUAGGAGUGUGUACUGAGAUCCUUUGGAGAACCAUUUUCUUGGUAUUAUUGUUGAAGUUUAAGACAGCUAUCCUGAAUGGUUUAAUAGAGGAGGUGUGACAGUUUUUUAAGGUUUCCCAGACUGUUAGGCUUUUAGGAUGGUUUAGUAGUGUGGAGCUGAGAAAUCUACUACUCUCUUUCUGCUCUGUAGCUCUCUGAGAGAUUGUCUAGUCCAUUAGGCCAUUCAUUUAUAUACCAGCUCCUCCGUUUGUGUUGGAUUCUUUGGAUGAUAUAUCUGGUUCAGUAUGAAUUAAUGAAGGCUUAUUAUUUUUUAUCAGUAUUUUUAUAAUUUAUUAUUGGACUAAUUUAGCCUGACUCAUUUUUUUUUUACAAUCUUACACCUGGACAUCAUUUUUUUAAUGGAAAAUUAUUAUUGUAUUAUAAAUGUAUAAAGUAUUUAUACUUUCUUGUAUUAUUACAUUUUUGGUUAUAGUCCCCCCCAAAAAAUACAGUUUAUUUGUUGUUUUGGUUUCUCAUUCCGUGAAAUGCACGCACACACAGAAUCUCAAUAAUAUGGUGUUUUUUUUAUUUGAUAUUAUAAUAAUGUACUUUUUCAUAUUGUUUCAAUAUUUCUGCUUCAAAAAAAAAAUUAGUGCUUGCAUAUGUGUAUAUGAGCUAUCUUAUAAUUAUAGUGAUUGUAUUGGUGUGUGCAUAUGUUUCAUCAUAGACCUACUAAACGGAUAUAAACAGCUAAAGUUUUAUUAGCCUUCUCACAUUGACCUUGAAGCACUGAUAGAUUCAUCAAUUUUGCCAUUAUUAAACAGCUACCCUAGAUUUUUGUUUAUUGCAAAUUGACUAUUAAAUAUUUUAUUAGGUAAAGUAUUAUUUUUUGCAGUAAGAAGUGCUUGAGUUUUUUUUAAUUCUUGCUAUGCUUUUUACACUAAUAUUUUAUGCAUAAAAUAUAUACCCAGUCUAGAACAUUAAAGUAUUUUGUAUAGAAAGGUGUAGUAACUUCGUUACUAAGUUACCAGAUACAUACUCAACUUACCAGACGAAGUUAUUAAUUACAUAUUUUUUAAAUUUUGGUGUCACCCACUAAAGGGCACCCCAUUUAUUAUUAACAGGUCUGAUUAUGGUUAAAAGUGUUUCAAGUGAUUUACUUCACAUUAAAUGUUGUUUUUUUCACUAGCCUGGGAAGUAUAUUUUAAUUUUUACAUGCCUGUAAAAUAUUUCACAUGUAAUGUAGGCUUUACUUUGACCUUUCUCUUAAAUAGUUUACUAUCAGAUGAACUGAGUAUCUAUGUUUUAAUAUGUGAUAUAAAUUUAAGUAGGUCAAUAUGAAGUCCUUGAAAUGUGACAGUGUCAAGAAAGUAAUAGAAAUUGCAGCCAAGUUGUGUGAUAUGCACUUGAGACUGCUGUGGUACUAAGUUUGAACCCUUGUCUUUCUGCCUGAAGUUUACGCUAGAAUCUAAUAAUUUUCAUUUCUGAAGAAAUGUAUGAAAGUAAAAAUAAUCUCUCAGUAUUUAAUGAUCCUUGGAUAUCCAACUACAAGAUUUAAAGCUUGAAGUCUUUUUUCUUAAUUACCAUUUCUAAUAUAUAUUUUUGGUAGCUGUCUCAAUUGAUUUAGGUUGGUUGUUAUAUUUUUUUUUAAUUUUUAAAACAAUUUAGCAUGCAGUAUCAUUUUUAAGACUAAAAUAUAUUGGUAAACCUGUCAUAUUUUUUUAGUUUUUUUGUCAAGUUUUCUAAUGUAUAUGGUUGUGUAUCCAAUGUUCAUGUCAUUUUACAUUGUGUAGGCAUUGCCAUUUGACAGCUGAAUGAUUUUGUAGUAGAUUACUAGCCUACAAAUUUUACUUUUUUGCAAUAUUUCAGUGGUUCAGCUUUUAUUACAUUAUGCUAAAGAUUUUUUAGUCUUUGUGAUCAUUCUUGUCAAGGCUGCUAUUUUUUUGUACAUUUAAUUUUUCUAUUAGUCUUAUUGGUGCAAACGCUAUUAUGUGUUUCAUCUAUUUCACUGGGGUGCUGCUUGCAAGCUAACAAUGUUCAUAGCUUUAAUAAGUUUAACCAAACUUUAUUUCAGUGUUUAAUUAACCGGCUAUAACAUGGACAUGAAAUUAAAUCAUCUGUAUACAUUCAUGAAAUGUGUGUUUCCACAUGACAAUUGACUGUGUUCAGUCUAAUUCUUUGAUUAAAAAAAAAACAAACACUUGUAUUGAGAAGCUUGUGUGAUAUUUAAUUUAUUUAAAAAUUUUUAAGCUUUGAACACUAACCACAUUGCCAACUAAUUUUUUUGUUCCCGUGUUAGGGCUUAUGAGGACCCUGACAAUUGUGCUUUUAUCCAUUGCGUGCAACUUUAAAGUUAACGUCCUUUUAUUUUUAUUACAAUUUUUAAGAUUACCAUUUAGUGUGUAUAUUACCUUCUACAUAAUUGAUCACACUUAGAUGCUCAUUUUUUUUUUAUUUUUUUUUUUUAAUAUUUAAAAAAGUAGAAUUAUUAUUGCAUUGUCUCAUUGUCAAACUUUUUUUUUUAUUGGACCAAUGUUAAAUUUAUACUUAGUGGGGUUUUUUUUUCUUAAUAAUUGUACAUAUUUUGGACUAAGUCUUACACUCCAAUUUCUUAAUAUAAACCCAAACCUUGAAACAUAUUUUGAUGACUGUAUAAAAAAUUUAUUUAAAAUAUUGAAUUAAUUUUACAAUAAAAUUAUUCAAUAAUU